CCUGCCCCAAUUCUCACUUUCUCAGUGGUUUGCUGUCUCAGAUACUCCGGAAAGCAGUAGAGUAGUAUCUUCAGCGCACGACAGAGCAAGAAAGAAGUCUUCUUCUUUUUUUUUGCUCGUUUGCAGAAUGGUCAAAAAGCCCGUUAAAUACUUUGUGGUGGACGCCUUCACGGACAAGGCAUUCAAGGGGAAUCCAGCGGGGGUGUGUUGGUUGGAGGAGGACAAUAGAGAUAAGGAAUGGCUGCAAGCUGUUGCUGGGGAGCUGAAUAUGUCAACCACAGCUUUUCUCACUCCGAUUGACGGCACCGACGAGUUACAAUCAGCAUCUCCCAGGUUUGGAAUUCGGUGGUUCACUCCAGUAGCUGAGGUGCAACUCUGCGGACAUGCAACUUUAGCAGCCUCACAUACUCUAUUUACAUAUGGUCUAGUGAAUUCUCAUAGAAUCGAGUUCCUGACUCUGUCAGGGAUUUUAACAGCCAGGCGAAUCUCAAAAUCCAGGGCCUCGGAAUCUAUUGAGCUUCAAAAUGGAGAUAAUGCUCAAGAGGACUACUUUAUUGAAUUAGAUUUCCCAGUCGUCCCGGUUACUGGAUUUAAUUCUGCAGACGUAUCGGAGAUCUCUAAAAGCUUAAAUGGUGCUUCUGUGGUUGAGAUCCUGAAGACUACCACUGCAGAAGACCUUGUAGUUGUGCUCCCAUCAGAAAAAGCAGUUGCAGAAUUGGAACCGCAGUUUGAUGAGGUAAAAAGAUGUCCAGGUAGAGGGAUAAUUGUCACUGGGCCUGCAUCGCCUGAAACUGGAUUUGACUUCUAUAGUCGCUUCUUCUGCCCAAAGUUUGGGGUUAAUGAGGAUCCUGUCUGUGGCAGCGCACAUUGUGCCUUAGCGCCCUACUGGAGCAAGAAGCUCGGCAAAUGUGAUUUUGUUGCUUAUCAGGCAUCUUCUAGGAGUGGUGUGAUUAACCUCCAUUUGGACGAGAAGAAUCAAAGAGUACUUCUACGGGGAAAAGCAGUUGUCGUGGCAGAGGGCUCUAUCUUGGUCUAGAACCAUUCUACUCGAGAUGUUCAUCUGUUCCUCAAAAACUGGUGUGUAGACCGAGGUUGAGAUUAUAAAAACCUGCCGAAACUGGACCAACUGCUAAUGCAAUUUAGUUGUAUCCCAUGCACUUGUGAGGUUAUAUUUGCUCUGUGUUUCGCGGAUCAUAUGUUGUUGCAACUGAGAUUGCGAACUGAGCGGAUCAUCACAGUGCUACUGACUUGUGCCAUCAUAUAGGGAGGGUAGAAGCUUUUGUACUAUCAAAUAGGGCAGAUCUAAAGAUUCCACUCUGGCCAUGUUUAGUCAGUACUGUAGACGAUGUCAAAGGAUGGAUAUCUCUGGGCAAAGUCGCAAUAUGGCGAGAGAGAAGAAGAUAGUAAUUAGUGUCGUA